AUGAAAGCUCCAACGAUAUUUUUGGCAAUAAUCGCAACUGCGGCGGCCGCUUCGACGUGGCCGGACGAUAUCUGCCCUGACGAGCAGUCGGUGGACUGGACUAUAGAAAAACUGCUGCGUCACGAUAAUUGUGAAAAGUUCUACCAGUGCACCUUGGGAGUACCAGUAGAACGCACAUGUCCCUCUGGACUGUGGUUUUGCUUGGUGAAUAUGAGAUGCGAAUGGCCGCAUUUAGUAGACUGUGAAGAUAGAAUUGUACCUACUACAACUGCUGCCGGAGCGACGUCUACAACGCCUACUCCAACAACAACUACUCCAACGACAACUACUCCUACAACAACAACUACUACUCCUACUACAACAACAACGACGACGACGACCACUACUACAACCACUCCAGCACCAACAACGACUACACCCACAACGACUACUACAACAACUCCAGCACCAACAACAACUACACCAACAACGACUACUACAACCACUCCAGCACCAACAACGACUACACCAACAACAACUACUACAACCACAACCACCCCAGCACCAACAACAACUACUACAACCACAACCACCCCAGCGCCAACAACGACUACACCAACAACGACUACACCAACAACGACUACACCAACAACGACUACACCAACAACGACUACUACAACCACUCCAGCACCAACAACGACUACACCAACAACGACUACUACAACUACUCCAGUACCUACAACAACAACAACUACUACUACUACGACUACACCGGCACCGACGACAACUACGACUACAACUACUUCAAAACCCGAUUUUAGACCAAACGGAUGCCCAGUAAAUCUCUUCAUUCAUUGGCUUCUUCCACAUGAAACGGAUUGCAAUUUGUUCUACUAUUGUGUUUGGGGCGAAAAAGUGCUGAGAAACUGUCCAAGUGGUUUACAUUUCAACACGAGUAUUCAGGUAUGCGAUUGGCCUAGGGAUGCCGGUUGUACCCUACCAAUUCGAAUGAAUGAAGAACUAAAAGGCUUCGACAUAAUCAGAUGGAUUUACGCAUUCACUUUUACAGUUUUUUUGGCCCUAAUUGCCACAACAGUCGCCUCGUCCUUGCCUGACGAUGUGUGUCCACCUGAACAGGAACAUGACUGGAGCAUAGAGAAACUAUUACGUCAUGACGAUUGUAACAAGUUUUAUAAGUGCACCUUCGGAGAACCAGUGGAGAAAACGUGUCCUUCUGGACUAUGGUUUUGUUUGAAAAACUGGCGGUGUGAAUGGCCUGCGUUGGUGGAUUGUGAAGAUAGGAACGUUCCUGUAGAGACUACAACUUCGCCGUCAACAACUACACCAACAACAACUACGCCAACAACAACUACGCCAACAACAACUACGCCAACAACGACUACGCCAACAACGACUACGCCAACAACAACUACGCCAACAACGACUACGCCAACAACGACUACACCAACAACGACUACGCCAACAACGACUACGCCAACAACGACUACGCCAACAACGACUACACCAACAACGACUACGCCAACAACGACUACGCCAACAACGACUACGCCAACAACAACUACGCCAACAACAACUACACCAACAACGACAACGACAACUACUACAACCACUACAACGACCCCCAAACCAACAACGACAACCACAACAACAACGACUCCAAAACCAACAACAACAACAACCGCUGCACCCGGUUUCAGACCAAACGGAUGUCCAGUCGACCUUUUCCAACAUUGGUUACUUCCACAUGAGUUUAACUGCAAUCUGUUCUACUACUGUGUAUGGGGAGAGAAAGUGCAGAGACAGUGCCCCGCGGGCUUGCACUUCAACAGAGUCAUUCAGGUGUGUGACUGGCCUAGAGAUGCUGGAUGUAAUUAAAUAUAAUUAAUUAUACAUAUAUUGUAAUUUGUAAUUAUUACGGUCACUAGAGAAAAGUGGCCGCGAAGCGAAGACUUCUCAAACUGAAUCUUUAUUCUGGAUUCUACA